AUGGAUAGUGAAACAAAAGAUGGCAAUAUAGAUAAUUUUUUAUCACAGCUAAAUACAUUAAAUAAGAUUAUAUCAUCCUUUAAAGAAACUUGUAAAAUAUCAUCCUACUGUUUUGAUAAGUGUGUUAGUUAUCCAGAAAGAAGCUUAAGCAACGCAAACAAAAAGUGCAUAUGGAAUUGCACACAAAGAUAUAUAGAAUGUGAUUAUUUUAUAAAAAACCGAUCAAAGGAUACUGGAAAAUUAUCAAGUAUAAAUUUAAUGGACGAAAUAAAUGCAUCAAAUUUUGGAAAAAUUAAAAAUUAG